AUGACAAACAUCAACGUGGCUGUUUUGUUACUUGCAACUGUGUUGCUUCUACAAAGUGGUGCUGAAACUCUCUACCGUAAACCAUCGAGGGCCGAGUUAAAAAAGUUCUUCGAAGGCUUUGUCUCAAAGCACUCUGGAUUCAAGGAUUUUGUUUUCGGUCUCCCUGACAACGACGUGCCCCAUCUCACUCGAUACGGGCCCCAGGACUGGGGCGCCAGCGUCAACUGUGACGUCUGCAAGUAUGCAGUGGAGGGCAUGCUGUUGGUGAUCAGUCUGGGAGGGACGGAGGAGGAUCUGGUCAGGUUCGUCACUAAACUCUGUGUAGACUUGAAAAUAGAGGACCCCAGGGAUGAGCUGUUCGGGGUGUUGACUGGUCGGCUUCUCACACCAGAUGAAGUGUGUGGGUUUGUCAUCGGUGACUCGUGUGCUCAGCCUUAUAACCCGGAACUGAUGUGGAACGUGACGAUGACGUCAACGCCCAAACCACCAGUGAUUCCGCCAACACCACCGCCGCCAUCGUCUCCAAAACUGCGCUUUUUACAUCUCACUGACAUGCACAUUGACCGGAUGUACGAUGCUGGGUCAGAUGCAGAAUGUGGAGAGCCUCUCUGUUGCCGUAGUAACGAUGGAAAGCCAGGUCCGGGAAAAGCGGGUGCAGGAAAAUGGGGUGACUAUCGUCAUUGUGACUUGUCCCCUGACCUAGUUGAAAAUUUAUUCCAGCACUUGGCCACCAAAAAGGAUCAGUUUGACUUCAUAAUUUUCACGGGAGACAUCCCCGCCCAUGACGUGUGGAACCAGACUCGAGAUGCGCAAAUGAAGGCGGUCACGGAUUUCAGCGACAUGUUUGACAAAUACCUGCCUAAGAUACCCGUCUACCACUGCGUCGGCAACCACGACAGCGCUCCCGUCAACAGUUUUCCUCCACCCUUUAUCGCCGACCACAAUUCACAGGCGUGGAUGAACGCGGCUUUGGCUGCCAGCUGGAUGAAAUGGCUGCCAGCCCAGGCGAACGAAACCAUUAUGAGGGGUGCGUUCUACACGACAUUACUUCGCAAGGGUUUUCGGAUCGUAUCCAUUAACAUGAACUAUUGCAACACAGGAAACUGGUGGCUCCUCAUCAACUCGACGGACCCCGCCGGUCAGCUGCAGUGGUUAAUAAACGUCCUGCAGGAUGCUGAGAACAACCACGAAAAGGUCUAUAUCCUCGCACACAUACCACCAGGCGGAAAACACUGUAUGAAGGCAUGGAGCUGGAACUAUUAUAAAAUUGUGAACAGAUACGAAAGUACAAUUGUAGCGCAGUUCUACGGACACAGCCACAAUGACUUCUACUUCGUGUUUUACGACGAGGUCAACUUCACACGUCCAACCAGCGUGGGCUACGUUCCAGGAAGUGUGACUACAUUUUCCAACCUCAAUCCAGGAUACCGGAUAUACACCAGUGAAGGUGUUUACCCAGGCAGCAACUACGUUCCUAUUGACUUUGAGAACUAUAUUGUGGAUCUUCCUAAAGCUAACAACGCUUCGACACCCCCACAGUGGCAGUUCGAGUACAGUGCCAAGGUAGCGUACAGACUGAAGUCGCUAUAUCCGUCCGACUGGAAUGAUCUAAUCUACAGGAUGAAGGGCAACGACACGCUAUUCAACAGGUUUCACAGGUACAACUCGAAAUCAGCAGACGACAGCCCAUGCACUGGGUCAUGCAAGAGAAAUGCGCUGUGUCGACUGAAAACCGCACGGUCGUUUGAUUCGAACCUCUGUAAAGAUUUGUGAUUGUUGCUUUUGCAAUCUAUUUUGUGUUUUAGUUUAAUUUUAAAUUAUUUCAUUGGAAUCCAUUGGGAAUUGUGAUGCAAUCUUGAUACUAUAUCCAAUCAAUACCACAUUAUGGUUAUUUGGCAGGAGAUGGGGGAGGGUGUGUGUGUGAAAGGGGGCAGUUGCCUUCCAAAAAUUAUGAAAGUGCCUUUCCUGUUUCCUUUUUUGUCCACAUGAAGAAGAUCCUAAUUCCAUGUUUUACUGAUCCCACCUUCCCUUUUAUGUUAGGCUAGAUACGUCUCUGUAGACUAGAGAAGUUAACAACACUGUUAUUGAUUUGACUUCCAGAAUUAAUAACGUGUUUGUUUGUUUUCAGUUUAAAACUCAUAGUUCUAGGCCUAUGUCUAUGACAGUUGGCGAUGUUCACGCAGAAAUGGAAUAUCAAUUAUGUUUUCAAUAUUGUAUUGUUAUAUAAAAUUUAAGUAUACAUAUCAUGAAUAUGAAAUUAGAACGUGAGAUCAU